AGGAGGCUGAGGCAUGAGAAUUGCAUGAACCCAGGAGUAAGAGGUUGUAGUGAGCCAAGAUGGUGCCACUACACUCCAGCCUGGGUAACAGAAUGAGAUGCUGUCUUAAAAAAAAAAAAACAACUGCUAGCUGGGCAUGGUGGCUCAUGCCUGUAAUCCCAGAACUUUGGGAGCCUGAGGCAGGCAGAUCACCUGAGGUCGGCAGCCUGACCAACGUGGAGAAACUCUGUCUCUACUAAAAAUACAACAUUAGCCAGGCAUGGUGGCAUAUGCCUGUAAUCUUAGCUACUCAGGAGGCUGAGGAAGAAGAAGUGCUAGAACCCCGGCAGUGAGCCGAGAUCAUGCCAUUGCACUGCAGCCUGGGCAACAAGAGUGAAAAAAAAAAAAAAGUUGCUUUAUGGAAGAAAGUAAGUAUACGCAGGGAGAAAGAGAUCUGAUGACCAAAGCAGGGAAUACAUGUUUGGAGUCCACGGCAUCCUGAGAACUUCUUGGGAAUAGAGUCUAGGCCCCCAGUGCUGUCACUCUCACCCAUCUUCCUCUACACAUGUGAGAUGUUUCAGGACCCAGUGGCUUUUAAGGAUGUGGCUGUGAACUUCACCCAGGAGGAGUGGGCUUUGCUGGAUAUUUCCCAGAGGAGACUCUACAGGGAAGUGAUGCUGGAAACUUUCAGGAACCUGACCUCUGUAGGAAAAAGGUGGAAAGACCAGAACAUUGAAUAUGAGUACCAAAACCCCAGGAGAAACUUCAGUAGUCUCAUAGAAGAAAAAGUCAAUGAAAUUAAAGAAGACAGUCAUUGUGGAGAAACUUUUACCCCGGUUCCAGAUGACAGACUGAACUUCCAGGAGAAGAAAGCUUCUCCUGAAGUAAAAUCAUGUGAAAGCUUUGUGUGUGGAGAAGUUGGCCUAGGUAACUCAUCUUUUAAUAUGAGCAUCAGAGGUGACAUUGGACACAAGGCAUAUGAGUAUCAGGAAUAUGGACCAAAGCCAUGUAAGUGUCAACAACCUAAAAAAGCCUUCAGAUACCGCCCCUCCUUGAGAACACAAGAAAGGGAUCACACUGGAGAGAAACCCAAUGCUUGUAAAGUAUGUGGAAAAACCUUUAUUUCCCAUUCAACUGUUCGAAGACACAUGGUAAUGCACAGUGGGGAUGGACCUUAUAAAUGUAAGUUUUGUGGGAAAGCCUUCCAUUGUCUCAGAUUAUAUCUUAUCCAUGAAAGAAUUCACACUGGAGAGAAACCAUGUGAAUGUAAACAGUGUGGUAAAUCCUUUAGUUAUUCUGCUACCCAUCGAAUACAUAAAAGAACUCACACUGGAGAAAAGCCUUAUGAAUAUCAGGAAUGUGGGAAAGCAUUUCAUAGUCCCAGAUCCUAUCGUAGACAUGAAAGGAUUCACACGGGAGAGAAGGCUUAUCAAUGUAAGGAAUGUGGAAAAGCAUUCACAUGUCCCCGUUAUGUUCGUAUACAUGAAAGGACCCACUCUAGGAAAAAUCUCUAUGAAUGUAAGCAGUGUGGGAAAGCAUUAUCCUCUCUUACAAGUUUUCAAACACACAUAAGAUUGCACUCUGGAGAAAGACCUUAUGAAUGUAAGAUAUGUGGAAAAGACUUUUGUUCUGUGAAUUCAUUUCAAAGACAUGAAAAAAUUCACAGUGGAGAGAAACCCUAUAAAUGUAAGCAGUGUGGUAAAGCCUUCCCUCAUUCCAGUUCCCUUCGAUAUCAUGAAAGGACUCACACUGGAGAGAAACCCUAUGAGUGUAAGCAAUGUGGGAAAGCCUUCAGAUCUGCCUCACACCUUCGAGUGCAUGGUAGGACUCACACUGGAGAGAAACCGUAUGAAUGUAAGGAAUGUGGGAAAGCCUUCAGAUAUGUGAAUAACCUUCAAAGUCAUGAAAGGACACAAACACACAUAAGAAUACACUCUGGAGAAAGACGUUAUAAAUGUAAGAUAUGUGGGAAAGGCUUUUAUUGUCCCAAAUCAUUUCAAAGACAUGAAAAAACUCACACUGGAGAGAAACUCUAUGAAUGCAAGCAACGUUCAGUAGUUCCUUCAGUAGUUCCAGUUCCUUUUGAUAUCAUGAAAGGACUCACACUGGAGAGAAGCCCUAUAAAUGCGAGCAAUGUGGGAAAGCCUUCAGAGCUGCGUCAAUCCUUUGAAUGCAUGGUAGGACUCACCCUGAAGAGAAACCCUAUGAGUGUGAGCAAUGACGGAAAGCCUUCAGAUCUGCCCCACACCUUUGAAUACGUGGUAGGACACACAAUGGAGAGAAACCCUAUGAAUGUAAGGAAUGUGGGAAACCCUUCGGAUCUGCCCAGAACUUUCGAAUUCAUGAAAGGACACAAACACACAUAAUGCACUCUGUAGAGAGACCUUAUAAAUGUAAGAUAUGUGGGAGAGGCUUUUAUUCUGCCAAGUCAUUUCAAAUACAUGAAAAAUCUUACACUGGAGAGAAACCCUAUGAGUGUAAGCAAUGUGGGAAAGCCUUUGUUUCUUUCACUUCCUUUCAAUAUCAUGAAAGGACUCACACUGGAGAGAACCCCUAUGAGUGUAAGCAAUUUGGGAAAGCCUUCAGAUCUGUCAAAAAUCUUCGAUUUCAUAAAAGGACACACACUGGAGAGAAACCCUGUGAAUGUAAGAAAUGUGGAAAAGCAUUCCAUAAUUUCUCUUCUUUGCAAAUACAUGAAAGGAUGCACAGAGGAGAGAAGCUCUGUGAAUGUAAGCAUUGUGGGAAAGCAUUCAUAUCUGCCAAGAUCCUUUGAAUACAUGCAAGAACACACAAUGGAGAGAAACCCUAUGAAUGUAAAGAAUGCAGAAAAGCAUUCAGCUUGCCUACUUCCUUUCAUAGACAUGAAAAGACUCACACUGGAAGGAAACACUAUGAAUGCAAGCAAUGUAGCAAAGCUUUCACUUCUUCCAGUUCUUUUCAAUAUCAUGAAAGAACUCACACUAGGGAGAAACCCUAUCAAUGUAAGCAAUGUGCAAAAGCCUUCAUUUCUUCCACUUCUUUUCAAUAUCAUGAAAGGACUCACAUGGGAGAGAAACCCUAUGUGUGUAUGCCAAGUGGGAAAGCCUUCAUUUCUUCUAGUUCCCUUCGAUAUCAUGAAAGGACUCACACUGGAGAGAAGCCCUAUGAAUAUAAGCAAUGUGGGAAAGCCUUCAGAUCAGCCUCGCACCUUCAAAUGCAUGGAAGGACUCACACUGGAGAAAAACCCUAUGAAUGUAAGCAGUAUGGGAAAGCGUUCAGACCUGACAAGAUUCUUUGAAUACAGAUAAUGAAUGUAAACAAUUAACUGUUUAUAAUAAGUGUAUACUAACAAAUGAUAUUCUUUUUAAAUAAGAAGCUAUAAUAUCCCAUUGGUGUCAUGUAUUAGAUCAGCCUUAUACUGUUAAAUUGUUAUUAUUUGGACAUUGUGAGUCAGUAUAACCAUGUGGAUAAAAUGCCAGACAUCUUUUUAUUCGAAAA